AUGUGUCGUCAUGUGUCGCCAUGUUUCGCCAUGUGUCGUCAUGUGUCGUCAUGUGUCGCCAUGUGUCGUCAUGUGUCGCCAUGUGUAGUCAUGUGUCGUCAUGUGUCGCCAUCCCAUGUGUCGUCAUGUGUCUCCAUCCCAUGUGUCGUCAUGUGUCGCCAUCCCAUGUGUCGUCAUGUGUCGUCAUGUGUCACCAUCCCAUGUGUCGUCAUGUGUCGCCAUCCCAUGUGUCGUCAUGUGUCGUCAUGUGUCACCAUCCCAUGUGUCGUCAUGUGUCGCCAUCCCAUGUGUCGUCAUGUGUCGUCAUGUGUCACCAUCCCAUGUGUCGUCAUGUGUCGCCAUCCCAUGUGUCGUCAUGUGUCGUCAUGUGUCACCAUCCCAUGUGUCGUCAUGUGUUGUCAUGAGUUGUCACAUUUCAUCACAUGUCGUCACGUGUUGUCAUGUAUCACCAUGUGUUGUCAUGUGUCAUCAUGUGUCAUAAUGUAUCGCCAAGUGUCAUCAUGUGUCAUUAUGAGUUAUGUUACGUGUCGUCAUGUGUCGUCAAUGUGUUGCCAUGUGUCGCCAUGUGUCGUCAUGAGUUGUCACGUUUCAUCACGUGUCGUCAUGUGUCGUCAUGUGUCGCCAUCCCAUGUUUCGUCAUGA